GGCUCGACCGCCGACGAAUGUCCAAGAACGGAUGACACACUUCCCGUCGCGUCUGUUCCCUUUCCCUUUAGAUCCUUCUCUUUACAAUGGCACAUCAGAACAUCAUAGUCCAAUGUCUGGGCUUUUAUCACGUCUAGUCCGCAACAUUGCAGUUCAACUUCGGUUGCAAGUUCUUUGUCAUGGCUGACGGACUGGCAUGCCCCUUCCGCUACUUCCGCGGUGAAGGAAUCGAUGGCCUCAGCAACCAUGCCAUGACGAGUCCACGCAUUGUUACUACGGCCAUGGUCUGGGAAAUUGGUAACUGCCGCACUCGAGGAUUCUUUGAGACGUCAACACGUAUCGAAGCUGAACAACAAAGUUCGUUUCGACCACGAUGCCGCGCCCGGCUGAGCAUCGUGGUCACACACUGCAUCAGUCAACACCCGAGCAUGGCAUAUCUCCACGCCCCGACUGGCUGACCGUUUUCGAGCCGAACAUCUGGUGAAAACAGAGGAGAGGCACAGAUACGAAAGCCCUAUUCCGAGUCUACUUCAGCAGUUCUCUUUCUCUGCUCAAGACGUGGCCCUCACAACUAUUUCCACUGGCCGCGAAAGCUGGGCUUCAGUCUGGGACCAGGAACACGAGGCAUGGUCGAACCAACAACUAAUUUCGGCUCUUGAGCUGACGCCAUUUACGGAUCUUUUUCAAUGUAUUCGUACUGGACGCGCCUUCACAGCUGUUCAAAAACUUCAUGGCCGCGAUGGGUAGCACGGUCACCAACGAUCAUGGAUUGACGGGCGAAGGUUCUUCCAGUCGGAGGCUGAUAGGGACUCGGCGAAUAUACGAAGCCUCCUCCAAAUGGUGUCAUUGGCGGAUAGUGACCUUCUUCCAUCUCCGACCCUUGAACUACCUCCGCCGAACCUAGGGCCUGGGUUUUCGAGAAGGACUUGAUUGGAAAUUCCAUAUGAAUCAACCUUCAGGCACCUGUUUGGCAACAGCCAAUGGCUGAGACAGAUGCCCCUGCCGCGCCCAAGUACGGCUUCUCGCUAUGUUCUUGUGCGCUUAUUUGGGAUGGGUGCAUUGCAAGGGGGCUAAUCGCCGGCGAUGCUGGCAAUUGCGGUGCAAUCUUGGAAGGGAACCGGCAUGCCAAAAGACAGCCGUGAGACCAUUCCUCAAUCCACGUGCAAGAUGUACCAGAGCUUUAAGCACGCCAAGCCAGCUGGAAAGAGAAUUCAAAAGCAAACACCCCAAAAGUCUCACAGUCUGUCCCAAGCCCUGUUGGAUUACACGC